GCAUUCAACGCACAGACGAGAAAUUGAAAGUGUGGAAUCAUUUUGUCGACGUACAGUUGUCAGUCUCGUCUUGUAUCUACUGAAUGUGUUCACCUGAUUAUAAAUAUAGAAGUCAUAUUUAGACGGUUUCACCUCCGUGUUAAAGCUGGAAGGAGGCGGUGGUUCGAAGAUAUGCACCCAGCAGGAUGGAUUUUAUGUGACUCGUGUGAGAUCUGAUGAGAUGAUGAUGGCCCAGGGAGAGAAAGAUCCAAAACACACCAACCAGGUCGUGCUGGUCAAGAAAAUCAUAAUGAGGCAUGACAACCCGGUCCAGCAGGGAAUUGGAAAGCCCAGCGUAUAUCAUGCCGUCGUGGUCAUUUUUCUAGAAUUCUUUGCCUGGGGUCUCCUCACGACGCCCAUGCUGACUGUUUUACAUGAAACAUUCCCCAAACACACUUUCUUAAUAAACGGCCUCAUUCAGGGCGUGAAGGGUCUGUUGUCGUUUAUGAGCGCGCCAUUGAUCGGCGCCCUAUCAGACGUGUGGGGCAGACGAUCGUUUCUAUUGGUCACUGUAUUCUUCACCUGUGCCCCCAUACCUCUUAUGAGACUCAGUCCAUGGUGGUAUUUUGCCAUGAUAUCCAUGUCCGGCGCGUUUUCCGUCACCUUUUCCGUCAUAUUUGCGUACAUCGCAGACGUUACGGAUGUGCACGAGAGGAGUACGGCGUACGGACUCGUUUCUGCGACGUUUGCAGCGAGUCUUGUGACGAGCCCGGCCAUCGGCGCGUACCUCUCGGCCAGUUACGGUGACAAUCUGGUGGUGCUGUUAGCGACGCUUAUCGCGCUGGCCGACAUCUGUUUCAUUCAGCUGGCCGUGCCAGAGUCUCUGCCUGAUAAGAUGAGACUGAAUACCUGGGGAGCGCCGAUAUCAUGGGAACAAGCCGACCCUUUCGCUUCUUUAAGGAAGGUUGGACAGGACACAACAGUUCUUCUCAUUUGUAUAACAGUAUUUUUGUCGUAUCUCCCAGAGGCGGGCCAAUACUCCAGCUUUUUCCUCUACUUACGCCAGGUCAUUAACUUCUCGCCCAAAACGAUCGCGGUGUUCAUCGGCGUGGUGGGAAUUCUCUCCAUCCUGGCGCAGACUCUGUUUCUCACUUUAUUGAUGAGAACCAUUGGAAACAAGAACACCGUUCUUUUGGGUCUGGGUUUCCAGAUUCUUCAGCUGGCCUGGUACGGUUUGGGCUCUGAGCCGUGGAUGAUGUGGGCGGCCGGCGCUGUAGCCGCUUUGUCCAGCAUUACGUUUCCAGCCGUCAGCGCUUUAGUGUCCCGCAGCGCAGAUCCAGACAAACAGGGGCUGGUUCAGGGAAUGAUCACUGGUAUUCGAGGUCUCUGUAAUGGUCUGGGUCCUGCACUCUAUGGUUUCGUUUUCUUCCUCUUUAAUGUCGAAUUGAACGGCAUAACGCCAAUCGAAGCGGAUUAUUCCAUCCCUCUCCAAACCUCCAAUGAGAAGACGACAAUCCCCGGUCCUCCGUUCCUCCUCGGCGCCUGCACGGUUGUGGUUGCUUUUAUAGUAGCUCUGUUCAUACCGGACCUCCCCACGCCACCGGCCACGCCCUGCGUAACCCUUAAGAGCAGCGCCUGCCUGGCUGGAGCCCACACCAACACCCCGCUGCCCGGGAGCGAUGAAGACUUCGAACCCUUGCUGGAGGACAGCAAUGUGUGACAAGCACACAAAAAGAAACGAUAAGCUGGUUAACACAUGACAAACGCCCCGUGGCUUAUGUAUUUAUUUUUCUGACUCUGUUGUUUUUAAUGGUGAUGGUCAGUAUAAGUUUUGCACUCAGAGGAUUUUUAUUGAACAUUUUACAGUGUUCUGCAUCAAACUGAAUCGACACAUUAAGGGCUUUAUUAUAAGUGGAAUCGGAUGGGCCGUAGAAAGAAUCGCGCUUGCGUUCUGGCUGGUUCUUGAGGAACCUGGAUGCCUUUGGUUUGGUUGAUUUUUCUGAAGUUUAAAGCCGAGCGCUUCGUGUGUGUAGAUAUUUGGGCAAAUUGCAGUAAAAGAUGUCGUCGAUGGAGAAUAUUAUGAUUUGAAGCAUAUUGUCACCGUCAGUGAGAUUCAUGAUACAGCAGAAUUCUCACAAUGACAUUUCACCCCAAAAUGAAAAGAAACCACAUUUUGUAGAAAAUGAAGGACCGUUGAGAUUUAUUUGCAUUGUGCAUUAUUAUUCAUCAUAAUUCUUGCUAGAUUCUUAUUGGUGUCAUUGUUUUACUGUAUUACAAUACAAAAUCUUAGUAAGCAUAUUUUUAGUCAUUUUUGAUAGUCGGCACACAAUAAAGACAUCACAAAUACUACCAUACUGUCCAAAAUAGUCACAGUAAUUUCAAGAUGCAUUGCAAAACACAUUUUUAGGUUUUUAAAGCUUUUCUUAAUGCAAAAUGUCUUUUGAUUUUGGGGCGAGAUGUGCCAUGUUCCUGACGGGUUUGUGAGAUUCAUUCCUAGAGAUGAAUAUGAUAGUAUCGGCAGACUGAUUGCUUGGCUGUCUGCAGUGCUUGAGUAAACACAAGCCUUAAAGUCACAUAUCCUGUUGAAUAGAUUCGAAAUGAAGCCGGUCGCAUGAGCAGUAUCAUAGCCAAACUCUCCACGCUGAGCCACUUGUGUUCAGACACUAGAGGAGAUUUGCCGUACUCAUGUUAACAUAGUUCUUUCAAGACAGUUAGUUAUAUUAUACUGUAUGUAUAAAGCCCUGUUUACACAAAGGACAAUAACUACAGUAUAAAGUGUUAAAAAUGAUAUGAGAAUGAGUCCACAACCAGAAUGAUUCAGUUGAACGAUAACGUUGGAUCACUUUUUUCUAGCUGAUCAACGAUAAAAUAUUGACAGCCAAUCAAAAUCCAUUACAUUUGAAAGGGCUUGUGCAUUUAAAAUGUAAUGAUGUAACGUUAGCGUCCAUUGACGGGGCUUGACUGCGUCUGUGUGUUUUCUAUGCAGUAGUUUUAGUAACUGUCAAUCAUACAACUUUGUCUCAAGUUGUAAAGUCAACAUGAAAAGUGACCCAAUUUAGUGUCCUAAUACAUGUUUCUUGACAUCUGUGAGCAAUUCAUCGCAAGGAAAAUUUAAUUAUGAUUGUCCUCUUACUGGAAAUUGAUUUUCAGCUGAAGUAUUAUCCAUAACGGCCCUGUAGCGUUUUACUGCAAAACAUUAUCAAUAGAUAAAAAUGUCUAAACAUCCUUUUCAUAUUGACUUUUAACUUAGACUUCAGAGAAUUCCUGGUAUUCGAUACGUUUUUAAAGUAAAUAUUGCAGUUUUGCUUAAAAUAUUUGUACGUUUUCUGUAAAUGUAACUGUAUCUUCAUUUUUGCACUCAUGGAAAAUUUGCAUUGUGCAUUUGUUGGAGUUAAUAAUACUCGAUUCCUUUCGGUAUAUAAAUGAAGGACAAUUCUGAAAAAGUAGCCAACACGUACACACCAGCUACCUCAUUUUUGGAGGUUUUGUGGAAUGAUGUGAGAAUUUGAUCUAAAAAAAACCCUAAAUGUUUAUUUUUUUAAAUCUACUUUUCUUCUUUUGUAUAGUCACAUUACAUUCUCACAAUACUGGAUUUUGAAUCAGUUUUCCACUUUCAUAUUUGCUGAUGUUUGUCGAUUUUAGGCUUCCCAAGUCGACAAGCUUGUGCAUUUACAGAAUGAUUAUUUCGAUUUGCUUAAGGAAUCUGUUGAAGUCCGUUGCGUGUAAAACAAACAAACAAACUGUGAAGCAUCUCAUAAGAGUUUGAGAAGCUGCAGGUGGUCUUUAGUCUGACCUGCGCCGGCUACUUCCUGUUUGUCAAACGCAUCAUUUCUUGACACAUCAAGCAUUCCACAGAAACGCAACGACAGCCCCAGUAUUCCUUUCCCAAAACCUUCGGUGACCCCAGAAACGAUGAUUAGAAUCCAAAAUGUUACCUCCCAUCAUUUAUUCUCCACCUUUGACCUUUUUGUCUGGCAGUUUUACAUUAUCAGAAUUCUGAGUCGUAUUAUUAUUAUGCAGCAAAGCAACGUGAAACAUCUUGCGAAAAGCUUGAAACUGCGAUAGCGUGUGUGCGUUUGUGUUUUUUUUUUUUUGAUUGCAAGAUUGCAAUUCCAAGAUGGAUAAACGCUUGGUACCGGCCCAUGCUUUGGGUUUUGUAUAUAUAGGAUAAAAUGUGCACAGCUUGUAACAUCAAUGUAUUAUAAUGAUGGUCAUAUGAAUAAUUUUAGGAUUGUACAGUAUUGUAUAUGUGUUGAAUAGUAUCAAGGAAAACCCUUUUACAUGUUGUCAGAGCUGAAAUAUUUUGGAACAGAAUGACACGUUCCAAAUAUCUCUCAAGCAGAUGUUACAAGUGUCGUCUGCAAAGCACGUAAAUAGUCAUUUUAGUUUUUUAAACAUUGCUCUGAACAUGUUGGUUUUUAGUAUAAUGUAAGCAUGUAAAUACCGAAACACAUGGAGCAGCUAUUACACAUGAUGAAUAUGAUGUAGAGGAGGGCCUUGAUGUAUUUAUUGUCUGUAUUGUGGGAAUCUAUUAAAUAGUUGCAAAUGCUAAAUAAAAGAACACUAAGAGUG